CGCCUUCAGGAACAAUUAACUGCAGACAACCUUCCCGAGAUGUACGACACGUGUGUUCUCUUUGAAGACACCAGUCUCCUUCAUAAGUGCACCAAGAUCUUGCAGGUGUAUUCUUCUGAUGUAUUAACCUCACCACAUAUUGGCGAGUUGAGUCAAAAUUCAUUUCGACACAUACUGCAGCAGAAGCUAAACAUUUCUUCUGAAGUUACUGUGUUUAAUGCAGUAGUUUUGUGGGGUAAAGCACAGCUGAGGAAGGGUACAGAGGACAGGGACAGCCUGCGUCAGGUGACAGAAGAGUUACUCAUCCAUGUGAGGUUCCUCACCAUGACUACUGAUGAGAUGACAGAGUAUGUCCUGCCAACUGGGAUCCUGACCCCAGAAGAGACUUCUGCUAUUCUUUUGAACAUAAAGAAUGUGAAAAAUGUGAAACUACCAGCUGAAUUCUCCAGGAACAGAAAGAAAAGAAAUGUCUGCUUUGACAGAAGUUUCCUUAGGACGAUUACAUUUAAGCCCAAUAAUAAAAGUAUGAAAAGCUCCUACCAAAAAGCAGACGAGAAUUUUGUAGAAGACCUCACUGUUUCUAGGGUAAUUUAUCUUAAGAGCAUUGUAGAUCAUGGAAACAUAUUACAUAAUAAUUCAGAGGUAACAAUAGAGGGUUAUUGGCCCAACACCGACGGUGAUGCUGUGGUGGAGACCGGCAGAGUCAUAAACAGAGCAGUUGAGUUUAAAAAGCCUGUCAAACUCACCAAAGAUAGUAAGUAUAUUAUCUCUGCAAAACAAGAAAAUUCGGAGAUUCGGAAAAAUCACUGUUGCUAUGAAUAUGAACCAUCAACAGAUGGUUCAUUCGAAUUCGAUUCAGAGCCUGAAUUCGAAUUCGAUUCAGACUCUGAAUCUUGUGUAGAAGAGAGAGACUACACUUAUUCUAAUAAAAAUGGAAAUGUGGUUCUAAAAGGAAAUUUUCUAAUAAUUUCAGAAGGUCUGACAUUUCAUUACUUUUGCCUUGAUAAUUAAAAAUAACUGACCUUGACUCUAAGAGUCCUGUGAUGAGCACAAGGCAAAAGAAAGAACCAAGGGCAAUGACUAAAGACUCUGUGGCCAAAAAUAUUCCAUGAAAUCUGAAAAGUUACCACAGACUGUCAUUGAGAAAUGACACAAGCCAGCAUUUGUUAUAGUCACAGAGAAUUACCAUAAGUAGGGUAGGGUAGGCACUAGAAUUUUGCAAAUUAUUUUUUGUAUAUUUGUGUAAAAUACAGUGGGGCCUCGACUUACGAAUUUAAUUCGUUACCAGAGGCCGGGUCAUAAGUCGAAACAAAUUUUCCCAUAAGAAAUAGUGUAAAUUGAAUUAGUUCCACACCCCCAAAAAUAUUAACUUAAAAAUACAUUUUAUACUGAAUACAACUUUCUUUCUAUCUACAAUAUAGUAUGUUUAUCUUACCUAUAUAUGAGUAUGCUUGUUAGCGUAUGGAAGACAGGGAGGAGAGGUGUUACUGUUUAGAAGAAGAGUCCCCUUCCAUUAUUACAUCAGGCAGUGAUAACUUCUAUGAGGUACACACACUCCUACAUUUUUGCCUGCAUUCCACCAGGAUCUGGUUGUAGUUCACUGCUUGUCUGUCUCACUAAAAACCUUUUCAUAGAGAAUUGUUUUCCAUACGUUUUAAUUUUUGUCUGUAGUGAGGUAUCAGUGUCAAUCUCAGCAAACACAAAACGUGUUGAAAACUUUCAUCUAACUCCUCCCAUAGGUGUAGGAAUAACUUGUAUUGAGAAUGGUGCAGGAGAGUAUUUGAGAAACUUUUAAUCCAAAAAUCCAAACAUAUAGGUUUUAUAAUAUAUGGUUUUUCCUAGAACUAUUUUGUUCCUAAUCUAUUACAAAUAGUUUUUACAUGUUUAAAUAUAAAAUUUAUGGUGUUUUUUGUAAAAUU